UAUAAAUAAAACACCGCAUUCAACUCUUCAACUAGUCUCUUAAAAGUGCCAAAAAAUGAAUCUUGUUACGACUUUUACUUUCCUUCUUCUCCUCUCUCUUAACCAAAUCCUUGCCGACGAGAAAGUUCGUUACGACAACUUCCAAGUCUACCGAUUGACUCCUCGAUCGCAAAAAGCCGUCCAAGCUUUACGAGAACUUGAAGAAAAUGGUUAUGACUUCUGGACAAGUGUUAGAGGAGUCAACCAACCGGUUGAUGUCAUGGUUCCUCCUCAUUACAAGCACCGAUUCAAUGAUUUCAUCCGUUUGAAUGAAUUCGAUGCCCAAAUUUAUAUCCCAGAUGUUCAAAAACUGAUUGAUAACGAAAGACCUCAAACAAGAAAGUCUGUAGGUCUCGAAUGGACUGAUUAUCACACUUUGGAUGAGAUCAACGAUUGGUUGAAAGACCUUGCUUCAACCAAUGACAACAUCGAAUUGGUCACAGCUGGGAAGACGUACGAAGGACGAGAUAUUUUGGGUGUGAAGGUCUCUUUCAAAGCAGGGAAUGAGAAUAGGACUGUUUUUAUCGAAUCAAAUAUUCAUGCACGCGAAUGGAUAAGUUCGGCUGUGACAACCUGGAUGUUGAACGAAAUCCUGACCAGCAAAGAUUCCGAAGUUCGCCAAGUUGCCGAGAGUCAUGAUUGGUACUUUGUCCCCGUUUUCAAUCCAGACGGAUUCGUUUACACUCACACUACGGACCGCUUGUGGCGUAAAACACGCGUGCCAUAUUCCUCAUGUUAUGGCGCUGAUCCUAACAGGAAUUGGGAUUAUCAUUUUAAUGACGGUGGAGCAAGUCCUUCCCCUUGCUCUGAAACCUACUGUGGACCUAAGGCCUUCUCAGAACCGACCACUAAGAGCCUGUCUGAAUUUAUCACAACAAUAGCUCCGAAAUUGCAAGCUUACAUUGCCUUCCAUUCGUAUUCGCAACUUUUGCUGCUGCCUUAUGGAUACACGUCCAAACAUUUGGAAAAUUAUCAAGAAUUGUACGAUGUUGGAGUGAAAGCUGCCACGAGUUUGGCCAAGCGAUACGGCACGAAAUACGAAGUUGGAAACAUUGUCGAUGUUCUUUAUGUGGCAAGUGGAGGCAGUAUGGACUGGGUAAAAGGUACUUUUGGAACCCGAAUUACCUACACUUAUGAAUUGAGAGAUACAGGACGUUAUGGAUUUGUGUUGCCACCUGAUCAGAUUAUUCCAACAGCUGAAGAAACCUUUGAUUCUCUUGUAACAAUAUUGCAAGAGUUCGAUAAAUCAAAGUGCCAAAAAAUGAAUCUUGUUACGACUUUUACUUUCCUUUUUCUCCUCUCUCUUAACCAAAUCCUUGCCGACGAGAAAGUUCGUUAUGACAACUUCCAAGUCUACCGAUUGACUCCUCGAUCGCAAAAAGCCGUCCAAGCUUUACGAGAACUUGAAGAAAAUGGUUAUGACUUCUGGACAAGUGUUAGAGGAGUCAACCAACCGGUUGAUGUCAUGGUUCCUCCUCAUUACAAGCACCGAUUCAAUGAUUUCAUCCGUUUGAACGAAUUCGAUGCCCAAAUUUAUAUUCCAGAUGUUCAAAAACUGAUUGAUAACGAAAGACCUCAAACAAGAAAGUCUGUAGGUCUCGAAUGGACUGAUUAUCACACUUUGGAUGAGAUCAACGAUUGGUUGAAAAGCCUUGCUUCAAGCAAUGACCACAUCGAAUUGGUCACAGCUGGGAAGACGUACGAAGGACGAGAUAUUUUGGGUGUGAAAGUCUCUUUCAAAGCAGGGAAUGAGAAUAGGACUGUUUUUAUCGAAUCAAAUAUUCAUGCACGCGAAUGGAUAAGUUCGGCUGUAACAACCUGGAUGCUGAACGAACUUUUGACCAGUCAAGAUCCCGCUGUUCGUCAAGUUGCAGAAAGUCAUGAUUGGUACUUUGUUCCCGUUUUUAAUCCAGACGGUUUUGUUUAUACUCACACUACGGAUCGCAUGUGGCGUAAGACACGUGUGCCACAUUUCUUAUGUUAUGGCGCUGAUCCUAACAGGAAUUGGGAUUAUCAUUUUAAUGACGGUGGAGCAAGUCCUUCCCCUUGCUCAAGCACGUACUCUGGACCGAAAGCGUUCUCAGAACCCAGUACCAAGAGCCUGUCUGAAUUCUGAAUUCUGAAUUUAUUUCAAAAAAAACGUUUUCAUUGUUUUUUUAAUACACUCUAUUCUAAGUAAAGAAUCGUACAGGAUGAGCUGUUUUUGCUAAAAGUAAAUUAUAAUUCGUUCUUUUGUGCCUGAAUAAGACGUUUUUAGUCUG